CACUAACGGAACACCAAGUCAAUAGCAAAAUCAUGCAAAACUUAGAUAGAUUUACUGCGCAAUGAGCAAGCUAGCACCGAGAAGUCUGCAGAGCUGAUUUCCGUGAAUUCCGGGUUGUGCUCUGAUCGAUGUCAUUCAACGUCGAGAUUCUGUUACCUUGACUCGACCCUGUUAAGGUAAAAAGUCGUGAUGUGACAAUAGGACAAGUGCGUGCAAGGUAUCUAGUAUUCGUUCUCUCUCACUCCUGUAAACGCAGGUCGCGAAGAAAUCUAUGUAAACAAUGAUUCCAAGAGCUCUUGAGAUGUCAUGGAAAAUAACAGCCGACGAGCUAUUUGAUACUUUAAGAACUGGAUAAGAUGAUCCUGUUUGAUCCAUCCAAUCUUAGAACGCUUACUAAGCCAGAGACCACUUCAUAAGACCCGUCAUUCUGUUGCGAUGUUCAUAGGGAAAGGAAAAUCACUUAGAGUAACAAUGGAGAGGAAUACCUUAAGAGCAACUACUCCUCUUGUAUCAGAUAAAGUGGCAAAGACCAUCAUAGCAAGAAAUGCACUUUAUGAGAAAGAGUUAGCAGGCGUCUGCAAAUCAGUAGAGAAAGAGAAGAGCUACUGCGCGGUAAAUUUUCGAAAGUCAAAGAAAGACCUGAUAAGGAGCAUAGAAAUCAAGGAGUCUGCAGAGUCCAGCAAGAAAGUCUGCGUUCUCGAAAAAGACAGUUCUGGAGCUGUGUUCGAAACUGAAUCCAGAAGUCGAAGCUCUUCGUUACCAACAAGUUUGAGCUUGCGACGUGCAAAACUGCAUUUGAGUAGAUCUUCGUCGCUGUCGAUUGAAAACAAAGCCAAACAAAAUGGCAAUUUUAGUGCGCGGAAUUGCAAUUCGAUGUACGAAGGGUACAUACCUCAUUCGCCCUUAUCGCGAAGGCGUGCAAUGCAGGCUGUACAAAGUCCUGAUAGCCCAACGUCAGAAGUGCAGUUUAAUCUCAAAUCAGCGUCAUUUCAGAUAGAAGACAGCAAAGAUGAUGUUUACGAAUCACGGCAAAGCGUAUUCGAUGCCCAGAGCUUUGGAUCAAGCCCAACAAACAGUCAGACCUCUGAUACUGACUUUGAUAUACCUGAGAUCCUUGUAUCUGAAGUUGAUGGCCAACUGAACGAAUCUCCCCAAAGAAAAACCUCUUUAACAAAGAGAAGUUACAGCACAGGAGACUUGCAUGAUGUACUCUCAGAUUCUAAGAAACAAACACCUUCACCUUGCUCUUCACCGCGGCUUUUGAGAAGAACAUUAAGCUCGGGUAUCAAUUCUGACUCCUCACAAGAAAAUUUGACAGAAUCGAGUAAAAACAAAACAAAGUAUGGAUCGCUUGAUGAGUCGUUAUUCCAAAGGUUUAACGAUAUGUUGUUGGAGGCAAACGUACCGCAGAGACCGAAGCCAAGACCUAAGCUUUACACUGAAGAACCGUUUUAUUUGCGUAAGAAAUGCGUGAUUAGACGUUGCUUACAGAAUAAUACAGACCUGCCAGUUAAGCUGGGUGUUUGUCAGAGCAAGGAGAAAAGCGAACCAGACGGGGAACGACCGCUGGCUGAGAUUUUACCACCAGUCGCGCUACCACCAAUCUAUACACAGCAGAACAAUAGAAGAAAAGCGACUGGGAUGGAUAGUGAAAAGAAUAAAAGCAAAAUGACUGGGAUUAAAAGAACAGAUGCUGUUAAAAUUGGUAUGAAUAAUCCAAGACUUACUGAAAAUCUUAAUGAUUGUAGAUAUUUACGAAAUCAAACGAAAAGAUCGAUGACCGAGUAGAAGCCAAUUCGAUAUGAACGUGAAAUGUAUAUAAAACAUAGCUUGUUCAAACUUAUUCUACUCUUUCUGAGGGGUGUGCGCACAUAAAACUUCAUACUUUCAGUUUAUAGGUCUCCAAUUAUAGGUAAGGUGUUUUAAAACCAAAUGAGUCAAAUAGACCAAAUCAGAGAGAUUUUAAACAAACGAUUGACAUUGAAAUCAUAUUGGUUCCUCAUCUAAAGCAAUUAUUUGGCCCUUGAGUCAAGAAGUAUUACCUCUACUAAAUUCUAUAAUCGUACGGGUUUUUUAUCCUAACAUGCAUGAAACUCCUGAAAACAAACUGAGCGCAUGCUCGGAGCUUACUGUAAGUCUAUCUAUAUAUCUCAACUGACAUAUUGUUAAUAAAGGCUUACAUUUAUAUUAUAA